UCAUUUAUAAGUCCACUCUUUUUGCUCUUGUUAAAAUUUUGUUGGCUUAAGUUUCGGCUUUCAGAGUUGAAAACAACAAAAUGGUUAAACAGGUUCUUCUUCUUCAUCUCCUCUUCUUGGCUUCUGGAUUGACCCUUUCAGUCUCCGAGUCCCAAUCUGCUCCUCUGCUGCCUCACGCAGCUGAGUCCUUCAAUGUCAGCUAUAUCCAGCUGAAGAACGUGGGGAGUUGUUCUUACUUGGUGGUUAUAUCCACUAGUUGUUCGUCUCCUAAGUAUACAAGGGAUCAGAUCAGUAUUGCUUUUGGGGAUGCUUACGGCAACCAGAUAUAUGUACCAAGACUGGAUGAUCCAGCUUCAGGUACAUUUGAGAGCUGUUCUUCAGAUACAUUUCAGAUAAGUGGUCCAUGUGCAUAUCAGAUAUGUUACUUGUAUCUGUAUAGAUCAGGAUCUGAUGGUUGGAAACCUGAAAGUGUGAAGAUCAAUAGUUAUAACGGAAGCCCUGUUACUUUCUAUUACAACACAUACAUCCCCCAAAAUACGUGGUAUGGAUUUGACUUGUGCAGUGGUGCUUAUUCUUCUUCAUCCCAAUUAUCUAUGCAGAAGUGGCUUAUAUUUAUGUUUCUAGGAUUUGUUCUUAGUUUUUGGUUGUAAGUUUAUAUACUUUCCAUCUUCUAUGUUUCCUAUAGCUUGUAGUCAUGAAACUUAGUAUCGUAUGCAGAAGAGGUAGAGACACCAGAUCUGUCGAACCUAAACUCUGUUUAUUAAUGGCUUUCUUUAUUUUAUUUUAUUUUAUUUGGUUUAU